ACCCUUUUUUCUUUUCUCCAUCCGACGACUUUCGUUUUCAGCUCUCCUACCUACAUCGAUAAUCUUUUCCUAUAAAUUCGAUAUCGUACUAAUUUUAGUAGCUAAACAUCUCACCAACAAAGCAAAAAAAAAUUGUGUGUAAUAAUGGAUAGCCAUUGUCACCUCAGUAUUGCUCACUAUUUGCUUCUUUUGCUUUUGGUCUCUUCCUGCAUGCAGAGUACUACUAAACUCUGUUUCUGUUUGGCUGGUGAUGAAAUUUCAAGCAGUGUGAAGACAAAUUCAUGCAUUGACGAAGAAAGACAAGCGCUUCUCAUCUUUAAACAGCAUCUUGUUGAUCAUUCUGGUCGGCUUUCGUCUUGGGUGGGUCAUGAUUGCUGUCGAUGGGAAGGUAUUUCAUGCAACAACAGCAGUAGUCAUGUCGUGAAGAUGGACCUCCGGCAUCCAUAUGACUUUUUGGACGAUGAUGAGUAUGAAGAGUGGAGAAAUGCUUCUUUGGGAGGGAACAAAUUUGAUGGGGGGAUUGAAGAGUUCUGGAGGAGUCUCUCAAAUUGUCCAAGUAAUACAUUAAAGUCACUAGAUUUGUCUUAUUGCCAGCUUGAAAGCCAAUUGCCGGUCUUUUUAGGAAUGUUCAAAAGUUUGCAGAAUCUCAACCUUGGAGGAAACAAUUUGUCGGGCUCAAUUCCAGAUUCCUUCGGAAACUUGUCAUCCUUGAGAACACUAGCCCUCAAUUCUAAUAAUCUGCGGGGCUCAAUUCCAGAUUCCAUCGGAAACUUGUCAUCCUUGAGAACACUAGACCUCUAUUCUAAUAAUUUGUCGGGCUCAAUUCCAAGUUCCAUCGGAAACUUGUCGUCCUUGAGAACACUAGAACUCAGUGAUAAUAAGAUGAACGGCUCAAUUCCAGAAAGUAUUGGACAACUCUGUGAGCUAGUUUCCCUACUUCUGUUUGGUAAUUCAUGGGAAGGCAUUCUAACGGAAGCCCAUUUCAUAAAUCUUACCAGAUUACAAUAUUUUGAAGUAGGAAACGUAGACCGACCCACGUCCCUCAUUCUUGACGGGGCUUAUGACAGGGUUCCUCCUUUCAAGCUCUUCAGAAUUUAUAUCAUAAAUUGUCGGAUAAGUCCUGGUUUUUGGGUAUGGCUUCAAACUAAAACUGAACUGUCUGAUGUUAUCCUUCGGGGUAAUGGAAUCUCGGAUUCCAUACCUGAGGAAUGGUUGUUGAAGAUAUGUUCCCAACCUGGCUAUCUAGACUUGUCUUACAACCACUUUCAUGGAAACUUUCCAUCCCAUUUGAAAUUUCCAAAUUUAAUGUCUAUUGAUUUGAGUCAUAAUCAGUUGGAGGGCCCUUUACCACUUUGGUGUUUCCCUAAUGUCUAUUCCCUUUAUCUAGAAGGCAAUUUAUUUUCUGGGCCAAUCCCCUCAAAUAUUGACCAAAUGAUGCCCAAAUUGCAAGAAUUGUUACUUCAUGAGAAUCAUUUGAAUGGCACUAUUCCUCCCUCUAUUUGUAACAUGCAGAAGUUACAAAUCCUAUCUCUAAGGAGCAAUCAGUUUUCGGGAGAACUCCCUCAUGCAUGGAAUAUGGAGAGCAUGAUGGCGUUUUUAGAUGUUGGUCAAAACAAUCUGUCUGGUAAGAUUCCCACUUCAUUGGGGGUACUACGUUCCCUGGAAAUUUUAAAGCUCAACGACAACAAUUUUGGCGGUGAAAUUCCUGAUGCCUUGCAAAAUUGUUCAAGUUUGAGGAGUAUUGAUCUUGGAGACAACAAGUUAUCUGGGAAAAUACCUCUAUGGAUAGGAGGGUCAAACGUAUCUGAGUUGUCUAGGCUACGAUUACGGUCCAACUAUUUUAGUGGAUGUAUUUCCCAGCAACUGUGCAAUCUUCAAGGCCUUCACAUCCUCGACCUUAGUAACAACAGCCUUUCAGGUACUAUUCCCAUGUGUUUGGAUAACUUAACUUCGCUAGUCAAUGAUGAUCCUUAUGAAGAAUAUUAUAAAGGGUAUGAGCAAGCCACACUGACACUAAAAGGAGAAGAACUUGUGUACAACACAACUCUGUAUCUUGUAAAGAGCAUUGAUCUUUCAUCAAAUAAUUUAAAAGGUGAAAUCCCUGAAGAAAUAAGUAGCCUCAUUAUGUUGGGCACCUUGAAUUUGUCCAUGAAUCAAUUAAUUGGAAAGAUUCCUUCCAAGGUCGGAAACUUGCGUUGGCUCGAAACUCUUGAUCUCUCACACAACCACCUUUCGGGACAAAUUCCUCAAAGCUUGUCAUCUUUAACCUCUUUGUCCCACCUAGACUUGUCUUACAACAACUUGGUUGGAAGAAUUCCUACUGGAAACCAACUUCAAACGCUCAAUUUUUCGUCCAUUUAUGUGGGCAAUCAAUGGUUAUGUGGAGUUCCUCUCUCAACUAAGUGCCCUGAAGAUGACACUUUUAUUGCUAAGGAUGCAAAGGAGGAGAAUGAAGAUGGAAAGGAUAAGUUGUGGCUCUAUGUCAGCGUGGUAUUUGGCUUUAUCGUAGGCUUUUGGGGCGUUUGCGGCACAUUGAUCUUAAAGACAUCGUGGAGGUAUGCCUAUUUUCAAUUCUUCGAUGACAUCAAAGAUAAGGUAGCACUGGCAAUUGCAUUGAAAAUGGCUCGUUUCAAAAUGUUUUUAUUUUGAAGUUGGAUUGUGCUAAUAUAUAAUGUGAUGUUUUUCUCUUUUUACUUUGUGUUUUGGUAUUUGCAACUUAUGUAUUAAAUGAAAAAAUGUUUCAGUAAGUGUUCCCACAAACAAUUAUGUAACGGUUAUCCAUUUAAUACAAGAAUUCUAUCUAGUUUGUA